AAUAAAGACACUCCAACCGCGCACGUUGAGCUGCUGUUCGGCGGAACACUACAGACAAAGCUUCUUUUCUGUGAGAAAAACAGAACUGCAGGAGAAAGAGGGCUAGAGAACGAAAGAUGUCCGGAGGAGGUGGAAAUUCGUACGAGGGACUGGUCUCCAAAGCGGACGACCUAGCCGACCGUUUCCUGCGCAAUUCGAAGCACUAUCUCCCGCACCUCGCUCGACUGUGCCUCGUGUCCACCUUUCUGGAGGACGGCCUGCGCAUGUGGUUCCAGUGGACGGAACAGAAAGACUACAUCAACCUGACGUGGAGGUGUGGAGAGUUCCUGGGCCACGCGUUUGUGGUGAUCAACAUGUUACUCCAGAUCAAUGGGUGCCUCAUGAUCCUCAUCAGGAAAUAUGUCACCAUUGCUGUGGGUAUGCUAUUUGGCAUCAUUCUUCUCCAGGUAAUGCAGCUAACGGCGUCCCCUGUGUAAUAUCAUGUGUAAGCAUGUGUUUCUUGCUUUUUGACAGACUGUGACUUAUACAGUGCUGUGGGACUUUCGUUUCUUCAUGCGUAACUUGGCUCUAGCAGGGGGCCUAGUUCUGCUGCUAGCUGAAGCCAACACGGAGGUGAAGACGAUGUUUGCUGGAGUCCCGAGCAUGGGCGGAAACCAGAAACAGAGCUAUCUCCAGCUCGCCGGCCGCGUUCUCGUCAUCUUCAUGUUCCUAACGCUCUUCAGCCUCGAGCUGUCCGUUUUCCGACUAGUUGAGCUGCUGAUCGGGUCCGUACUGGUCGUUUGUGUGGGCGUCGGCUACAAGACAAAGCUCUCGGCGCUCGUCCUAGUUGCCUGGCUCACUAUCACUAACUUCCUUCUGAACCCCUUCUGGCUCGUGCCCCACAACCGCAUCAUGCGUGACUUCAUGAAGUACGACUUUUUCCAGACCUUCUCUGUGAUUGGGGGGCUGCUGUUUGUGGUGGCUCUGGGGCCCGGCGGAGUGAGUGUGGACGAGCACAAGAAGGAAUGGUGAAAACUGGAUAGAUUUUCCUUUUCGUAGGCAUGAUCAUAGGAAUACAAAUCACAUUCAUCUUUUAUUGAAACAAUUUUUGGUUGAUUUCUGAUUCUCUGCUGCGUUUUUCGAA